ACUUCUAACUAUAGAAACGCAAUGGAAGCUUUGUCUAUAUGUAAUCCAGAAAUAUACCCAAAUAUAUUUAAAUUGUUAACAAUUUUUGCGACACUGCCAGUUUCAACUGCACAGAACGAAAGAUCAUUUUCAUCACUUAAAAAGAUAAAGACUUAUUUACGUAAUACUAUGGGCCAAAAAAGGCUAAAUGGAUUAGCCAUGUUAUCAAUCAAUCGGAAGGAUCGCAUUGAAAGUAAGCAAGUAUUGGACGAAUUGGCUGUAAAAAAAAGACGUCUACCUUUAAUACUGUGAGGUUAAAGUUUUGAAAUUUUAGUGGUUUUUUUUCUUUUAAUAUAUCUAUAAUAUUAUAUAAGUAUACAAAAUAAAUUAAACUCAUACGAAAAAAUACUCAGUAAAUUUAAGUGUUAGAUUGGUUUUAUUUUAUUCAGUAAAAUUGUUUAUACUUUAUUCCUGUCAUAAUUGUAUUAUAAUUAAAAAUGUAAGUAGCAAUCCUAUAAUUUUUUUACAAAAAAAUGUCCACUUAUGUAAGGUAUUAAGAUGUAUUAUAAUCAGGUAUGAUUUAGUGAUGAAACUAUGUUAAUAUUUGUCAUUAAAUAACUGUGGAGAUCAGGAGUCAGGACUCAGGACACCCCCCAAAAAAAAACCCAAAAUA